CACACAAAGGAGAUACAAACGAGCCAAACAUCAGUGGAAGAUAUCUUCUCCCGUCGUUUGAGUCAGGCUGAGAAGCACCAGUUACUUCGUGUUUUAAACCAGUCCUCACCGGAAACAGUUCUGGAUAAUCCGUUAUUGCCUAAACGGUCCAUGUUUCGUGCAUCCGAGGCCGUCGUGUUGGAUGCUGUCAUGCCGCGUUACUUAUUGUUGCGAAAGGAUCGACUACGUGCAGCGUAUGCGAAAUUGGGUCAGAAGGAGACCUAUGUGAAUGUGAGCUUCCACAUUCAUCAUGAUCACCUGCAGACCCAAUCUUGGUGGGAGUUAAAGGAACGUGAGGGACCGGAACCGGCGGAUCCUUGUUUUGAAGUGUUGCGUGAAUCCGUGUUGGGGCCGCGGCAACGAGCUGUGCUCUCCAUCGUCACAUACAAUGAGCGCGUAUCUGAUAGUCUGUUUGGGAAAGUGUUCAGCAAUUACGGAAUUAUUGGUAUGUAUGCCGCCUAUAUAUUUUUGGCCAAUCGUCUCCUCCGAACUAUCUAUAGUAAUAUCUCAUAUGUGAUUCGGUUGGAGGAGCUUCCUCAUGUGGAUCGAAUUCUCAAUUUGUGUAACGAAAUAUAUCUCGUUCGAGAGAACAACCUGCUUCGUCUUGAAGAGCAGCUGGUUGCCAAACUAUUCUUUUUGUAUCGAUCCUCGGAAACAAUGAUCAAGUGGACCAGGCACCCUAAACACAUCAUUGACAAAUUUACAGACAACCCGGAAUCACAAGGAAACUCAUCACGACUGUCCCUCCCUCCUCCACCACCGCCUCCACCAGCUCCUGCAGCAUCGGAUUUGGGGCCGGAAGUUGAUCUCGGUUUGGCUGGUGAUCUAACUCACGCACCAGAUCUACGAUCUCUGCACGUCCGCGUGUUCGACGGAACACGGUUGAUGCGCCGGAUGAACCGGAGGGAAACGAAACUCGUCGUCGAUCCGGGCGAAGUGUUCGGCACUCGCGACAGGGAAGCCAAGAUGCAGAUAUUCACCCUAUGUCAUCUAGCAGACGAGUAG